AUGGCAAGCAAGGGGUUUACCGCUUUGAUCUCGAUCACUAUCAGCAUUCUAACCUCCAUCACGAGGGACUGCUACACUGUCAUCGAAGAGGACAAAACCCUCCGAGAUUCUUUCCACGAAGCAGGUCGCGGGUUACCCUUUAUCGAGGAGGCUCUUCGGGCUAUCAAAUCCGAGCUGAAUGGCCGCGACAUUAACGAACUGACCACGGCCUCCCUGGAGACCUGUAGCUCCAAAUCACAGAUCGCCGAGAGGGUAUUCAGAGACGUUGCUCUAGCACCGGCGGAUUCCAGGUGCAGUCUUUAUACAGCAACCGUGAGACGAGAGGGCAAAGGAAACAGCGUUGAGGAGCUGGUGAAGGAGAUGAUUAGCGAUGUCUGUAAUAUGGUCAAGGACAGCGCGAUCGAAGAACCACUGAAAAUACAUAUUAAAGCACUACGUAAAGCCAUCAAGAAGCUGUCAAAUAUGGAGCCAUCCGUGCCAGAGGAGCCAUCGGACGGAGGCAUCUCCUACCAUGGCUCUGGCAACCAGUUCAACGCUCUCGGGGGUACCCAGAACAACAUACAGACAGUGGCGUCCAAUUCCUCGGCAACAUCACUGGGGGUGUGA